GUGGUUAUUGUUGGAGUAAAAUUAAACGGAAUUUCGAGCUGUGAAAACUACACGCAAAAGCAAAUCGAGAAAAAUUACACUUAUAAAGAGAAUGAGCACAACGCCGGCCAGUCUCAUUGAGGCGGCUAUAACUGUGAGCAGCGUCGCUGCUGUUGCUGCUGCUGCGACGGGUAACGGAACUGCUGAUACUGCUGCUGCAGCGACGACCCUGAAACCGAAUACGAACUACGUUGUGAAAAUGGGCGUGGCAUCGGAGCCAUUGGACCCCCUGCUUCAUGUGGGCGAUGGCAUAUUCCUGCAGACCAAAACAGCACAGGUGCUGGCGGGCGUGUUUGUUUGGGCAGCGCUGUUUGUCACAUGUCAACAGAUCUAUCAGCAUUUACGUUGGUACACCAAUCCACAGGAGCAGCGCUGGAUAGUCCGUAUACUGUUCAUUGUGCCCAUCUAUGCAACCUACUCAUGGAUUAGUUUGCUAUUCUUCAACUCUGACAACGUUUACAUUUACUUCUUCACGGUGCGCGAUUGCUAUGAAGCCUUCGUGAUUUACAACUUUCUGUCGCUAUGCUAUGAGUAUCUAGGCGGUGAGGGUAACAUUAUGUCUGAGAUACGUGGAAAGCCCAUAAAGACCUCCUGCUUGUACGGCACAUGCUGUUUGAAGGGCAAGACAUACACCAUUGGAUUUUUGCGCUUCUGCAAGCAAGCCACGCUGCAGUUCUGCUUGGUUAAGCCACUGGUGGCAUUUAUAAUCAUCUUUCUGCAGGCCUUUGGACAUUACCAUGAUGGUGAUUGGAGCGCUGAUGGCGGCUACAUUUACAUAACCAUCAUCUAUAACAUUUCCGUUUCGCUGGCUUUGUAUGGUCUAUAUCUGUUUUACUUUGCCACUCGUGAUCUGCUGACACCGUUUGAGCCCGUCUUGAAAUUCUGCACCAUCAAGUCAGUCAUCUUCUUGUCAUUCUGGCAGGGCGUAGGUCUGGCCAUACUCGAGAAGGCGCAGGUCAUAUCACCCAUUGUGGACAGUGCUGGCACUGUCACCUCGGCUGGUACCGUUUCCGCUGGCUAUCAGAACUUUUUCAUAUGCAUUGAAAUGCUGUUUGCUGCCAUUGCGCUGCGAUAUGCGUUCCCCUAUCAGGUCUAUGCGCGCAGCUGCAUUGGCGAUGGACACGGACGCUCUGUCACUAUGCAGUCUAUUUCCAGCAGUCUCAAGGAAACCAUGAAUCCCAAGGAUAUUAUGACAGAUGCUAUACACAAUUUCCAUCCACAGUAUCAACAAUACACACAAUAUAGUUCAGGUGGCAAGAAUUCGCGUGGCAUUCGCGUCUCCAGCUACGAUCCGGAUGAUCCAAAUAGUGGCAACCAAGCUGCCACCACGGGAGGCACCACAGCGAGCAGCGGUGGAUACAAUGCGGUGGCCACUGGAGGCGGCAACAACAGCUGUGUUGCAUCCAAGACGCUGGGCAACCAGCGUAAAUUCAUUCCGGGCGGACAGCGUGUGGCAACCAUUAGUCAGAACUACAACGAGAAAACAAUGCUGCUUAGCAGCGACGAUGAGUAUCAGUAGAGCGAGGCAGCAGCAGGAGCUGGACAGGAGCAACUGGCAGAGAGAAGAGGGAGAACGUUUCGAUGAUCAAGUGGUUCCGAAUGGUUCCGAUUUGGUUGGUUCCAUGUUUUGUUUUAAGAAUUGUUCGUUGUAAUCUGUUUCUUUUCUCUUUGUUUGGAAAUAUUGAAAAUGAUUCGUUUGACACUGGACCUCAAAUGGUUUUGAUUUGCUUGUACAAUAAUCUUAAGUAGCGCAACAGCAAAAAAAGAAGAAAAUAAAUAUAAUAAAAAAAAAAAAAA